UCCGUGCGUGCAUUUUGUUGUUAUCACUUUGUGAGAGAAUCGUUCUUCGCGUUUUGAUUCAAUUUGCUAAAUUUUUACGAAUUAACGUGCAAUUGUUUCCCAAAUUUACCGGAAAAUCCCCGAACAAACACAAUGGCCCUUCGUGCGCAGUUCGAAAACAAUGACGACAUUGGCGUGUUCAGUAAACUGACAAAUUCCUACUGCUUAGUUGCGAUAGGAGGAGCGGAAGCAUUCUAUAGCGUCUUCGAAUCAGAACUGGCCGAUACGAUUCCGGUGGUGCACGCCAGUAUAGCCGGAUGCCGCAUCAUCGGUCGGUUGUCGGUGGCGAACAAGAAUGGUCUUAUUGUACCCGGUAGCACCACAGAUGUCGAACUGCAGCACCUGAGAAAUUCGCUUCCCGAUGCGGUAAAGAUUCAGCGUGUCGAAGAACGGCUUUCGGCUCUGGGGAACGUCAUCGCCUGUAACGACUAUGUAGCCCUGGUUCAUCCGGAUAUUGACAGAGAAACCGAAGAGAUCGUAGGCGAUGUGCUCGGGGUGGAAGUGUACCGACAGACGCUGGCCAACAAUGUCCUGGUGGGAGCAUACUCGGUGCUGAGCAAUCAAGGUGGACUGGUCCACCCGAAGACACCUACCUCAGAGCUGGACGAGUUGGCUUCGCUGUUGCAGAUUCCGUUGGUGGCCGGCACGGUUAAUCGUGGCUCGGAAGUGCUUGCCGGCGGUGUGGUCGUUAACGAUUGGUGCGCUUUCUGCGGAAUGAGUACAACGUCCACGGAAUUGUCGGUGGUGGAAAGCGUGUUCAAGUUGAACGAAGCGCAACCGGCCGGAGUGACGAACAAUUUACGGGCAUCUUUGAUCGAGGCGAUGGCCUAAACGGAAUUAUGUGGAAAAGGUGGGUAAAAUUAUUAAUCUUUAAAUGUUACUGAUUGAGCGGAAAACGCAAACAAAAAAUAAUAGAAUGUCAUAAAGUUAAUCACAUGU